UUUUUCGGUUACUUACACUGUACAGAUUCUCUCAAACUAUCGAUUAGCAUAAAGUUCUAAUAACAAUUUGUUAGGACUUCCGGAUUAAAGUUUCAGUUUUUCACUAGUAAACCUUUUGCAGAAUAUUUACUUGAAGAUGAUUUUACAAUCAGACUAUCAGGUGAAGGACCAAAGUCCGUCAUUUAGUACAAAUUUGAAUUUGAAGAGGGGGGCGUAAUGUAAUUAAAAAUGACAGGUGGUCACCACUCCACAUAAAAGACAUACUUGUGUGGCUCCAUUUUAUUGGUAUUUACUCUAGAGCGCAUAUCCUAGCAUCAACACUGAUAAUCUUCGACUCUUGUAGCAGUAGUAGUCCUGUAAUGGACGCAGCUGCAGGAGCAACCACAAGAAUCAAAAGUGGUAAUAUCCUUGCAUCUCCUACCACUGGAAGAAUGGCUAAUGCAACAAACGUUAUACAACAAGCGUGGCCUUCCACCAGACCAGAAAAGCUUACUCUCUAUGCCGGCAGCGGAUCUUUCAGCACUACCUUCCCAUGCCACCACCAAAGAUGCAUGGUACCCAAUUCUAGAAAUGGUGUACUCUUCCUCACUCAUUGCUCCACAAAACCAGGUGUUGACAGCGACAAUGCAACAAAUAAGAAUGCUGCAAUCGAACUCGGAUCGAGUUCAACGGCCCAGCAGCCAGCAACUCCCCCUCAAAAUCAAACACUUGCUUCUGGAUUCACUAGAGGCUUACUGUUUGAUUUGGGCCCCAAAAAUUCAUGGGAUGGUGUAGAAAUUGGAUCACCAGUUGUUAAAAGAUAUAUUGGUGACGAUGAAGAAAGGUGGUAUAUGUGGUACCAUGGAAGAUCAGAUAGAAGCAAUGCCUCUGAUUCAAUUGGUUUAGCAGUUUCAAACAACGGAAUUCACUGGGCAAGAGGAGCAGAACACGUUCGCUCAUGCGGCGAUGCAGGUUUGGUGAUGAACUGCCGAAAUAAUUGGUGGGCCUUUGACACAGAGGGUGUCAGGCCUUCAGAGUUGGUCAUCAUGUCUAGUCCAAUGUAUAGUGCUGUUUACUGGCUUUAUUACACUGGAUUUAGUUCUGAAGAAGUAGAAUUUUCAGAAGUUCCAAAUUUCCAUUUAGAAAACCCAGAAAGGAUUCACCGCGAUGACAAGAAAGAUGAAAAUGGUGCAAAUAGCAAAAUUUUGAAGUCUCUACCAGGGUUAGCAUGCAGUCAAGAUGGUAGGCACUGGGCCAGAAUCGAAGGGGAUCAUCACUCUGGAGCUUUGUUUGAUGUAGGGUCAGGAAAGGACUGGGAUUCGCUGUUUAUUGCAGCACCACAUGUCGUUAUACAUAAUAGCGAUGAUCUCAGGAUGUAUUAUCAUUCAUAUGAUGUAGAAAAUAAGCAGUUUGCUAUUGGAAUUGCAAGAUCAAGAGAUGGGAUUAGAUGGGUGAAAUUGGGGAAGAUAAUAGGAGGAGGAUUGAGUGGUUCUUUUGACGAGCUUGGGGUCAUGAAUGCAUGCGUUGUAAGAAACAAGAAUGAUGGGAAUUAUUUAAUGGCAUAUGAAGGUGUCGCCGCAGACGGAAAUAGGAGUAUUGGAUUGGCAAAAUCCUCAGAUGGGCUGAAGAAUUGGAUUAGAGCUCAAAUAGAACCUGUCCUCAAGCCUUCAACGGAAGAUGGAUGGGAUAAUAGAGGAGUUGGAUUCCCAAGUCUGGUCCAGAUGGAUGGUAAUGCAGAAGAAUGGAGAUUGUAUUACAAAGGUGUUGGGCAAGAGGGAAGAACAGGAAUUGGAAUGGCAGCUUCUGAAGGCAGUGAAAUCACAAGUUUCAGAAGAUGGGCAGGAUUUCAUCUGUAAGAUUGGAGUCCUAAUGGAAGGCUGAAACUUUGCACUCACAUUUGUCUGUUGAGAACUGGAGGAAAUGUUGAAGGAGAAGAUCUAGGAUUUUGGAAUUUUGAGAUUGUGUCAUGGUUGGAAAUGCUAAAGUCGAAAUUUCUGGGCAUUUGAAUGGAAAGGCCGAAGCAUUGACAGAUAACUCUAAUCCCACUGUGGUGCUUGCUGAGCCAUUGCCUCCAGUGGUUGAGAACAAUGCAAGCAUAAAUAGUGAAUUUGGAAGAGAAGAAAAUAAAAAACAAACAAACAAUCAAACAAAACACCAAGGGAUGCAAUCUCAGAGCAGGGGAAAAUAUAGAAGCUAUGGAGCUAAAAAAAAAUUUAUUAAAAAAACAAAAAAUAAAAAAUGUCCAAGUAUUGAUGUCUGGUGUUCAAUCCCCAGAAUUCCAAAAGAAGAGUGUGAACUGUGAAUAAACAUAUCCUCCAGUAAUUUCCUUUCCUUCAAAAGCUUACAUAUAUCUCUCUCUUCAAGAGCACCUGGCAACACGAAAAGGUGCUGAACACCACACGGUUUUCAAUGUUUCUGUUACCUUGACUUUGCAGCAGCACAGAAGAACAGAACCAAAGCUGUAAAGAACAACUAAUUAUCUUAAACUGUUCCCACAAAAAACAACAAAUUUAGACAGCAACAAGGUAGUGGCACCAAAAGAUGGUUGCAGUUCUCUUCAUCCGUUUUGUGUGUGAAGCUCUUGGCCAUGAGAAACACCCCUCUUCCUAAGGAGAUUUUCUCCAGCUACAGAUAAAUUUUAAACAGCUUCCCAACAAAAGAUGCAGGGUUUUGGGAGCUCUUAGCUUACCAAAGCUUUCCAGGAGAAUUUGACCACCUACGUCUUUGCUAACCAUUUAUAAUUCCUAUGGUGAAUGGAGGCCGGCUGGAACCCAGAAAAUAACAGGAAAAGAAAAAAAAAAAUAUUGAGUCAAUUUUUUUAUAUUUGAUUAUUAAGUAAAGUGAGAAAGAAAAUAUAUACAUAUAUAUAUAUAUAUAUAGAAAAUUUAAUUAACUGAUGAUUAAUAUCUGAUUUUUCUUCUUUUUUUAUCGAAAAAGAGGAGUUUAUUAAUAGAGAAAGAAUGCACAGUACAGCUCCAAAAAAAUAAAAAGUAAAAAUAAAACAGAAAAUUUAAAGUAGAAAAACAAAACAAUUAAUAAAAAACAACAAACCAAUCACAAUGAAUAUCUUCAAAACACAAUCCCCUCAAACCACCAACAUUCAACAAUAACAAUCCCCAAAAACUGAAUCUCAUCCCAAACCAAAACCAAAGAAGUCUUCUUCUCCUUAAAAUGUGAUUGUUCCUUUCCAUCCAAAUACCCCAGAACACCGCAAACCAACAACAUAUCCAUAAAGCAGCCUUGUCUUUGCUUCUUUCAAAACCCAAAAACGAAAUAGCCAACAUAUCCUCCACAGGCUCCGGACAAACCCAACUUUCACCAAUACAACCAAAUAAUUUGCUCCAAUUCCUCCAAGAGAAAGAACAAUGCAUAAACAAAUGAGAGGCAGAUUCAGAACUAUCAAUGCAAAGAAUAAACACAUCCAGGGAUAAUAACUUAGAAGGCCUCCUAAUCGGC